AUGGCGAUGCGAGCAGCUACGGCGGCGGCGACAGGCUUCUUCUCUCCGUCCUCCGUCUCUCCGAGGCGCUUCUCGUCCGCCACACCGCCGGCGUCACUCUCCACCGGGCGCUGCAUCCAGCGCCAUCGUCUCCGCGCCUUCCCAAGUUCGGAAAUACCUCUGGAGGAACUCAACCCAUCCGUCGAUCUACUUAGGAAAACUGGGGAGGCCGUCGGCGAUUUCAGGAAAACGCCAAUCUAUAUUGUUGGCACGGAUUGUACAGCCAAGCGCAACAUCGCCAAGCUGCUCGCGAAUUCCAUAAUAUACCGCUACCUCUGCAGUGAGGAACUGCUUGAGGAUGUUCUUGGUGGCAAGGACGCCCUCAGAGCCUUCAAAGAAUCUGAUGAGAAGGGCUAUCUUGAAGUCGAGACCGAAGGGUUAAAGCAGCUCACGUCCAUGGGUAGCCUUGUGUUGUGCUGUGGGGAUGGCGUUGUCAUGAACUCAACCAAUCUAGGGCUGCUGAGGCAUGGUGUCUCCAUUUGGAUUGAUGUUCCUCUUGAAAUGGCAGCAAAUGAUAUGCUGAAGAGUACGGGAACACAAGCUACUACGGAUCCAGACUCUUUUUCUCAGGCGAUGAGCAAGCUCCGUCAGCGGUACGAUGAACUGAAAGAGCGCUAUGGAGUUUCUGAUAUUACUGUUUCAGUACAAAGCGUCGCUUCUCAGCGGGGGUACAGCAGCGUUGACUCGGUCACACUUGAGGACAUGGUCCUUGAAAUCGUGAGGCAAAUCGAGAAGCUGAUCCGAGCAAAGGAGAUGAUGGAAGCUGCAGGGAGGCCCUUCUAA